GUAGUAAAGAUCUAAUAGUGGCACCCAUAAGCAGCUGGCGUGUUGCCUUCUGUAAUUUUAGCGCACACUGAUGCGGAGGAAAGAUUUAAUGGGCGCUGGUGGACAUGCCCUCUCGCGAGGGCGUAAAGGGGACACAACGGGGAGGGUGGGGGGGUAUUGGAUGAGACGCAGAGACGAAGAAGGCAGUGAGGAGGGUUGAGUGAGUGAGGGUUGCUUUUGCUUCACAAAUAAAGUCAAGAAGGCGACUAUGAGCAGCAGCAUGGCUCCUCCAGCACAUGGACUUCUCUACCUGGUGCUGGGCUUUUAUUAUGGUCUGGCUCAGUCAUCCUUCCUGGACAGCUUUGUUUCAUUCCCAGCAGCGCUCACUCCCGGGGAGCAGCAAAGGAGCUCCAACCCAUGCUGUUUACUGAGUCCGCCUCCACCCCCGCUCUUCCCUCCACCUCCUUCACUUUGGCGCCGCUCCACUGAUGACACGGAAUCAAAGUCCGGCUCUGAAGACAAAGGUUCCUCCUGUGCCAGUGGACCCCCUGGACCCGCUGGGCCCCCCGGACCUCAGGGUCCACCAGGAUUGCCAGGUAUUGGAGGAGCCAAGGGAGAAAAGGGAGAAAUCGGAAGACCUGGACAAAAGGGCCGAAUGGGGCCGCCUGGACUUCCCGGGAAGCAGGGACCCGUGGGCAGACCAGGACCAAGUGGGCCCAAAGGGGAGAAAGGUGACCCCGGCCUAAUGGGUUUGCCUGGAGGCAGAGGACCAAUUGGACCAAGGGGUCUAGCUGGCUAUAAAGGAGAAAAGGGUUCAAGAGGAGAGCACGGUGAGAAUGGCCUUAAAGGUGACAAAGGGGCAAUGGGUUUCCCUGGAAUGCUUGGACAGAAGGGUGAACUGGGUCCAAAAGGAGAGCCUGGUGUUUCAGGAAACAGAGGACCCACAGGUCGACCAGGGAAGAGAGGCAAACAGGGAUCAAAAGGAGACCUUGGCAGUGUUGGCCCAAGAGGACCUUCAGGUCCACAGGGAACUCCUGGACUUCCCGGUCCUCCUGGUUCUCCUGCCACAGGACUUUACAUGGUUGGAACUAAAGGAGCCCGAGGACCACCCGGACCACCUGGGAAGUGUAGCUGUAGCUCACUCAGUGGUUCUCUUUUGGAAGAUCAUCACUCCAGAGGAAGCUCUGUCAAGAUAUUUGUGGUGAGCAACGAGGAGGAGCUGGAGCGUCUUCAGACCGAUAACGCGUUUGCAUUCCGCAAAGACCAGAGAGCUCUUUAUUUCAAAGACAGCCAUGGCUGGUUUCCCGUUCAGACUUUCCCAUUCCAGAUGACGGCGUUCCAGUCCAUGGAGAACCCGCCGGAUGAGGACGGUUACUGCGGCGACGGCAUCGUGCAGCGUUCCAGCGGAGAGGAAUGUGACGACAGAAACAAAGUCGUCACUGACGGCUGCGUCAAGUGCAAACGUGCCUUCUGUGGCGAUGGAUACCGCCAUGAUGGCGCUGAGGAGUGUGACGGUAAAGACUUUGGCUACCAGACGUGUCAUUCCUAUCUGCCAGGGUCAUACGGUCACCUCAAGUGCACUCCGUACUGCGCCAUCGAUUCCACCAGCUGCAAGUACUUCACUUGAGCGGACAUUGAACCCGGAAUCCUUUGCUGGGGGAAACAAACUGGGAAUAUUUUUCACGCCAAAACUAAAAGAAGCAAAAGCAGCGGAUGAAUUUAGAUCAUCGCUGUGGUGUACAUAAGAAGAAACCCCUCGGAGCGUUGCUGCUACACGACGGCGGCGGUGGCGGGGGUUGGGUGCGGGGAGGGAGGGGGGGACUUUUUUCAACCCACACAUCAGAAACACAAGGACAGCUGCGCUCCGUCUUAAGCGGCCGGAUUUAAGCUCGGCCUUCCUCAUCAUGCCUGAAUGGACCCCGAGUCUAAGUCUCUCUGGGUGCAACGGAUGUCAGUCAUGCUGACAUUGAAUGAAGUUGGAAGAUUAGAAGAAAAUACUACUACUAAAAAAAAAAAAAAAAAAAGCGUAGAUACUGUAGGGUAACGUGAGCUGGACCGUGUCCUCGGGUUUGAUGGCGUCUGCAUGAGGCAUGUAUCACUUUACCUCUUAUUAUCCACCACAAGCGUCAACAAAAGCAGGGAUCUUAUCUUAUCUUAUCUUAUCCAGCCAGUGUGGUGCUUCUCUACUUGACGCACACAUUUGGACAAAACGUCACAUAUCCACAAGAACAACUCUCAGGAACGCAACGCAAAGCAUCCCCCCCCUUUACCCAAAAUGCACCCCCUUUUUUCCGUGUUGCUUGAAUGGAAAAAAAAAACCACACACUACUCCUUUCUCAUAUGUGAAGGCUUGAAACUGUUAUGUCCUUAAAGCUCUCAGUGAAGCUAAGGCCAGGCUGCUAAAUAAAUAGGCAAUGAAACUGUUCCGUACUCCUUACUGUAUUUACUCCUGUUACCUCGUCAUCCAGUCUGUUGUGUCUUACAGUAAGCAACUUAAAGAGAGCGUAGAUCCGAGACAAUUAACUCCACAUAAGCUACAGUUCAGCCAAAAAUGGAGACGCCUCUCCUGUCUGUGUGUAAAAUGUACAAACAUCAAGACUGUUAGAAAAUCUCAUAUCAGCAUGCUUGUGCUAAUGUGCUGUUAAAAAUAAUAAUAAUAAUAACUCAUUGUCAUCAGCAGGUGUCUUAAAAAAAACGUGUGUAGUGGUGUGAUAAUGUGGUAAAUAAAAAACACUAUUUGUGUUCCUUCCACUCCGUGAUGUAUCCCAUUUACUGUAUGUCGGAAACAUAACGUGCAUGUCGGCUGUGUAAAAAGUAUGAACUGUCACUCUGUCGUAACUCUGAUAUGAUUUAUACUUAUCGUCAAGAAAUUCAAUAAAAGAC